AUGCCGCAGUAUUCCACCAGCAGUCAGUCGCUCCCACGUGCUAGGACUUUGGCAACCGGCCAUUCCACCUUCUCCGCUUCUAGGGAAGAGUCUACUGCACCUAAAAGCCGUCCCUCUUCACGUCACGAACGUGGUUCCUCCGUCCAGCCAAUCAGACCGCCGGAUUCCGGGGAAAGCCCGGGGGCGAUGCAGGGUCUGGGCGCGUGCGCGAAGUUUCCGCGUGGCUAUAUAAACAUGGCUGGCGCGGUGAGCCGGCAGAGCGGUGGGGUGUGUGCUCGCGCUCCGGCCAACGCGGUCCCUAAACCUAGUGGACCCCAGCUGCCCGCUCCGCAGCUGGUCACCGCCGCCAAAGCCCCCAGCACCACGAUCCUGUUGCCUGCCAACAUUCAACUUCCUCCAGGAACUGUUGUCAUCAAAAGUAAUAAUGGUCAGUUGAUGUUGGUGUCUCCUCAGCAAGCUGUAACAAGACCUGGAGUUAUUAAUAACGUAACUUCAAGGCCAGCAACGCCUGUAAAUAUGCAAACAAUCAAAACCUCUACGGUGCCGAAUUCAAGCUCACAAUUAGUGAAGAAGGUGACAGUGGUACCUGUUAACAAAAUGGCACAAGUUGGAACCACUGUGGUGACUACAAUUACAAAGCCUUCCUUAGUACAAUCUGUGCCUGCACCCAGCAAUGUUGUCCCAGUUACAGUGAUGAAGCCAGUGAAUACUGUAACUACCCUAAAACCUUCAAAUCUUGAACUCUCAUCCACCAAAGCCCCAGAACCCAUUCUCCAAACAGAGAACUCAGGAGGUGUUCAGACUAACCUUUCUUUGGCAAUGCAAGAAAAUGUGAAGAAAUGUAAGAACUUCCUUGCAAUGUUAAUAAAACUUGCAUGUAGUGGAUCCCAGUCCCCAGAAAUGGGGCAGAAUGUGAAGAAUUUGGUGGAACAACUUUUGGAUGCAAAAAUUGAAGUAGAAGAAUUUACUAGAAAACUGUAUGUUGAACUCAAAUCUUCACCUCAACCUCAUCUAGUCCCGUUUCUUAAGAAAAGUGUGGCUGCCUUACGACAACUUGUUCCUAACUCGCAGAGCUUUAUUCAGCAGUGUUUUCAGCAGACUUCUAGCGAGGUCCCUGCUACCUGUGCCACGACGGGGAGUUCUUCGGUGGUGACACCUGCCCCUUCGUCCGCCCAGUCUGAAAAGACCGCUGUUUCUGGGGCCACAGCCCCCAGACCUGUGUCUGUCUGCUCCCAGAACCCACCUGCGGGUCUAAAGGAAGCGAACAGCGGCCCUGCUGUGAGGCCAGGCGGAGCUGCAGCUGCAACUGUUUUGCUUCAGACUUCAAAACCGCUUGUCAAUUCUGGACCAAACAGAACGGUGUCACUUCAGCCUGAGAACCCAGUUGUUUCCGGAGCGGCCGUAUCUUUUGGAGAAGCUUCCACCGCAACUCUUUGUCUUCCUACUAUGAAACCUGCUGCUGCUUCCUCUGGGACCCCAUCAGACAAGCCUACUGUGGACACGCCUGUUCAAAUCAAGCUUGUGCAGUCCAGCUCUGUCCUUCCGCAGGCAGUUCAACAAAAGCAGCUAGUAGUCCAACAGCCUUCAGGAGGCAUCCCAAAACAAGUGACUACACUGUCCCAUUCUUCACCAUUGACCAUUCAGAAGCCUGGACAAAAGAAGAUGCCAGUUGACACUGUAAUAUCGACCAGCCAGUGUUCUCCAGCUUCUAUUCUAAAGCAGAUUACUCUACCAGGGAAUAAAAUUCUGUCAUUUCAACCAUCAUCUCUUCAGAAAAAUAUGAUAAAAGAGAAUGGAACUGCACCCUUCAGAGAUGAAGAUGACAUCAAUGAUGUGACUUCCAUGGCAGGGGUCAGCCUCAAUGAAGAGAAUGCCUGCAUCUUAGCAACAAGCUCUAACUUGGUCGGCACACUUAUUCGUUCUUGUAAGGAUGAACCAUUUCUUUUCAUUGGAGCUCUCCAAAAGAAAAUUUUAGACAUUGGUAAAAAGCAUGACAUUACAGAACUUAAUUCGGAUGCUGUGAAGUUGAUCUCCCACGCAACGCAGGAGCGUUUACGAGGCCUUCUAGAAAAACUAAGUGCAAUUGCUCAGCAUCGAAUGACAACUUACAAGACCAGUGAAAACUACAUCUUGUCUAGUGAUACCAGAUCACAGCUCAAGUUUCUUGAAAAGCUGGAUCAAUUGGAGAAACAGAGAAAGGAUUUAGAAGAAAAAGAAAUGUUGUUUAAAGCAGCCAAGAGUCGUUCCAAUAAAGAAGAUCCAGAACAGCUGAGAUUAAAGCAGAAAGCCAAAGAGUUACAACAGUUGGAGCUUGCACAGAUACAGCAAAGGGAUGCCAAUCUCACAGCUCUUGCAGCUAUUGGACCAAGGAAGAAGAGACCAUUAGAGUCUGGAAGUGAGGCCAUAAAAGACAACCUCCUUGCAUCUGGGACAUCCAGCCUGACAGCCACCAAACAGUUUCUUCGCCCAAGAACCACGAGAGUCUGCAUCAAGGACUUGAUAUUCUGUCUGGAGCAGGAAAGGCAGAUGAGGAAUUCACGCAUUCUGUACCUGGCUCAUCUGAAGUGA